UACAACAACUAACUACUUUAGAACGGUUUGCUUUUCGAGUUGCAAGUUAAAAUCAUACAGCGAAGGAAACAGGUAGGGUAAUCCUCCUAAUAGAAAUAUAAAGUUUGAAAUAUAUGACAUUUUUACCAAAUGUUUUUGUUACAGGAGGGAAAUGAAUGACUCAAGUGUGAUGUCUCAAAAUGUCUCUGACGGUACAUGGGAAACAGCGCCAUUAAAUGUGCCAAUUCAGAUCAUAAAGACACUCGCCACCAUACUGGUUAUGAUUGGCUCGUUCUUCGGAAACUCCUUAGUGAUCUGCGUCGUCCUGCAAAGUCUGCGCAUGCGCACUGUAACAAAUUACCUGAUCGUGAACAUGGCCUGCGCAGACAUACUCUACACCUUAGUUGCUACGCCUCCUUUGUUCGUUAUGAUAUUUGAAGGAUACAGCUGGGCCAUGAGUAGCCGCGGUCUCGAAAUCUUCUUCUGUCAAGUUGUGAACUUCGGUCAGUUCAUGCUUGUUCCUGUUUCAGUUCUCACUCUAGCUGCAAUAGCUUUUGAUCGAUUCUUCGCCAUCUUGAUGCCACUGAAGCGCAUAAUCAACAAACGUGUCUUCAACUGGAUUAUAGCCGUCAUCUGGGUGACUUCUGUCGCCGUGGCAACACCGUUGCUGUGGGUGUUACGAGUGGUUGAAGACGAGGACGGGAGCUUGACCUGCUACGAGAUCUGGGAACCAGCGUUUGACAAUGAAACAGCGAGUAAAAACUACACGCUGAUUUUGUUCUUCGUAAUGUUUUGUCUUCCCAUCUGCGUAAUAACUGUAUUGUACACGGUGAUCUGUCGUCAUCUGUGGUACAUAAAGCCUCCUGGGGAAACAGAGAGGGAAGAAUCGAAAAAUUUAUUGAAGCGGCGCAAUUCACGGAGGAAGGUCGUGAAAAUGCUCAUCGCGGUAGUAGUGGUGUUUAUCGUAUCCUGGUUACCAUUGCAGAUCGCUACGUUCAUGUUUUUCUUCCAAAACGCUGUCGUUUCUGAAUCGCUUUACUUUGCGUGUGAGAUACUCAUGCGCGCCAGCUGCGCUCUCAAUCCAGCGGUUUACGCCAUUUUCAGUGAGAAUUACCGCCAGGGGUUUAAAAGGGUGCUUGCCAGAUGCUGCUGUUCGAAGUUCUCGGCUUUCCUUCCCCAAAGAGUGGCAAGUUCUUCGUCUUCGCGCCACCAGACGGUUCCUUCUGUCCUGAGGAGCGAGUAUGCUUUGUCGAAACGGAGCUGCAGCAAGAAUUAUGAGGAGGCUGGCGGCGAAGAUGAACAUCAGAUGUGAAACAAUGAGAAUUUUAAACUGGACAUUGACAACAGGAAACGAUGGCUGCCGUCUCCGAGCAAGUUCAACAAUAAAACACAGCGCCACAUCACGCUUAAAGAACAUGAAAAUGGCGAAACAAAAGGAUGUAGUAACUAACACCGGGGAACGUGUGAUUAAGCUUACAUAUGACAAUUAAUUCAAGACUGAUUACAUAAAAAAAAUAUCCAUAUACUAAAAUGCUUUAUAACAUAGCGCACGCGCUGGUCGUCCCUAAUUCCCGUUGCAUUCAUAUGGGAUUCCCUAGCAGUCGAGCGUGAAUGAAAAACUGAUCUUUAAAUAGUCUAUAAAGACAGCAUAAAUUUAACAUGCUUAGCUGAGCUGAGGAUCAGUGGCAAAAGCUUUCUGGUGUAAUUUAUUAAUAUUAUGCAAGAGCGUUGUGCAGAUCGAGGAACUCCUGCACUUAAAGCAUAUACCUACUUCGGAGUAGAAUUAUCAAUAAUCCGUUAAAUAAAAAGCUGACACAAUUCUUGUAUUUGUUUAGUGAGCCAGCAG